CGACUCACAACGUGUAUCAGACGGCGCAGCAUCAUGUCCACUUUCUUUGCUAAUGAAUACAUUGCUUAAGAUUGAUACCAAUGCGACAGUUGAUUUCUUCAGUCAAAAUUAUGUUGACAAUCCUAUUCGUCCAUGGGAUUUUUAUAGAAAUGAAAACGAGGUGCUCAAAAGCAUCGAUCACGUUGCACCAGCCGUCUCGCCUGUAAAAUUGACCUCGGCCGUGGACUCGUCUCCAUCCAAUAGUUUCACAGAGCAUCAAUCAUGGGAUAACUUUGUUUUGAAUCAGAUUACUCCUACGGUCAACACACGGAUGGCAUCUUCUGUUGAAGCCUACCUUGUCCGUCUUCAGGCGGUAUGCGGUCAGCAGCUAACAGUUGACCAGGCAAUCUUGAUUCUGAGGCAUUACAUUUGGUUAGCCAAUCCGGCCUUGCAUGUUGUAAACUCCGGACAUUCUGCAUCUCCCUCGAUGCCCUUUGUCCCUCCUGUCGAGGUUGCUCCCACGUCUCCAGACGUAGUGAACACAGAGCCAGGCGCCAGCGCAAGUAUUUCUAUGGAAAUACCGGCUGCAUUUGACGCCGAAAGCACUCUUGGAGCUUGCGACAUGGGUUCUCUCCGUCGUAUCUUUCUAGAUGGAGACCGCAUUAAAGUGGAGUGUUUAUGGCCUAACUGCGGGAGGACACUGAUGAAAGACAACCACCCCCGUCAUGUACGGGAGUGUCAUCUGCAUGCCAGGAGAGGAACCCUGCGCACGAAUAGUGGCUGACUGAUAGAGCAUUUCUCUUCCACCGCUUGGCAACAUGUUUGAUAGUAAGUACUAAGCAGAACAUACACACAAAGGAUGUCGUACGAUACAACAUAGAUGGUCCCUUGAAGGACUUGAUAGUUUUCCCUCAUACACAAAAGAAUCUCGUACGAUACAACAGAGUACUCAAUAGUUAACCCCCCUGUACUUAGGCUACCAGCUCAGGUGUGCG